CCUCUAGGUUUUCUCUCUUGUGGGUAACCGUCUGGCUGCAUCGCACACAGAACCAGAAGCAGAAGGAGAAGGGAGAGAUGCCGAUGCUGGAUAGAGAAACCCUGGAUCGGAUAACAGCGGAGGCCAAGGGGUUCGUGGAGAACUACUACCGGACGUUCGACGCGAACCGGACGGAAUUGGUGAACCUGUACCGGGAAGAGUCGGUGAUGAACUUCGAGUGCCGGGAGAGGAUCAAGGGCAAGGAGGCUAUCGUCGCCAAACUCAACUCCCUUCAGCAGUGCCAACUCCAUAUCAGCAAGAUGAACUGCUCUCCCGUGGCCCUCACCCACGGCGCGCUCGUCUUGGCCAUCGGCUUCUUGUGGCUAGACGGGAAGCCGGAGGCCCUCAGUUUCAGCCAGUCGUUCUUUUUGGAGCCAACACCAGAAGGAAGCUUUUACAUACAAGGCAACGGUUGGAAGACCUUCGAUCGGAGACAGGAGAGGCUUCCUAUCAUCUAGGGGCUUUACAGAGGCCGGGAGUUUCAGUCUGUUUUUUACCUUCAAUAAAACUUGCUGUAGUACCGUUUGAAACAGAUUUCUAUAUGGUUUAGUAAGUUAGAACCGGGCUUGUCUUAGUGGAGUUCAUGUUCGAAUUGAGUCUGCCUUGUGUCAAAUUACUAUCUCUUGUUCGAGUUUUAUAUUCGGGUUCUCCUUGUUGCUUGAUAUGCUAAGGGCCUUACAUUUAUC